AUGGCACGUUCAGCUAGUCGCUUGACGAUUGACCUAAGUCCUGAAGAAAUAGUGAAAGAAGCGCAGCACAGGAGGUUGAAAACACCUGAAUUAUGGAAAAUAUUUGAGAACCAUGAAAAGCUUCAAAUACUUGCCUCCCAACCACAACAAAGGCCUACAAGUGGUUCAAUUUUUGUCAUUAAGCUGCAAAGGCUCAGGGACUUUAGAGAGGAUGGCUACGUCUGGAGAAAAAGGAAGGAUGGAAAGACCAUAAGGGAAGAUCAUGAAGACCUCAAGGUGAAUGAAGUUGUGAAAUUGAAUUGCGAUUAUGCUCAUUUGGAAACAAAUGAAAAUUUUGGAAGGCGUAUUUAUCGCAUGUUUAAAGAGGAAUAUUUAGGCAUAGCACUUUUUCACUACCUAGAAGACAAGCAAAAGAAGGAAAAGACAAUCAAAGUAACUCAUCAAUCUUCCCAAGAAGUUAGAAAAGCUAUACACACAUUGGUGGUGACAGAUUCCCAGGGUUCUUCUGGUAUUGUUGAUUAUGACAGUAACCAAUUGUUUUUGCCUCUACAAACAACAGAUACAAUUAACCUGGAAAACAUUCAAGGAAAUGCUGACUCUGCAGGUUGUUCCUCCAGUAUUGUCAAUCAUGGCAACUAUCAAUUAUCUGUGGCUCCGAAAACUACAGAUUCUAUUAACCAGAGCAACAUUCAGGCAAUUCAAGCAAACGAUGAAUUUGCAGUUUGUAGCAACCAACCAAGUUCUGGAUUCCAUUCUCUCCCUGAUUUACAUCAGAAUUUGAUGCAGACAACAGAUGCGGAAUGUUCUGGCUCUCAUAACUUGGUAUCAUUUACAGGAGAUGGUAUGCCACAUUGUGAUUAUGAGUUCCAGAAUUUGCUUUCUUCUCAACAGACCGAGGAUGAUUUUCCCCCAAACCCCGGUACCCUCAGUAGCCCCUGUGAACUGCCAGAGUCGGAGAAGUCUGUGGAUCAGGUUUCAGAGAGGAACAAGAACAAUCUCAAGCGAGUAAGUGACAUUCCGGCGGAGCUUCUUGCCAACACCAUUGAUGGAUAUCAAGAUUGCACGAUUUUCCAGGAGAAUCCAGAUUGGCAGGGAAGCAGGAAAAAUUGCAAAUGCAGCAACAAGCUAAACGUUUUCGAGAUAGAAGGUUCUCCUUAUAGCGUUGUACAUUAUGAGAGUCAUCAAUCAGCUUCGUCUUCACAGACCAUCUAUACAAACAACCUGAGCAACAUUCUAGGAUAUGGUGGAUCAGGAGAUGGCAAACCAGAUAAUCGAAAUCUGUCUUUUCAAGGAGCGAUUGAGAAUGAUUUCCUCCCAAACCCUGGUAUAAUUGGUGCACCUUGUGAACUGCUGAAGUCGAAGUCUGUGGAACAGUUUUCAGAGUAUUUUAUUCCUGUUCUGGAUCCUUUUAAUAAUUCUGAUGGCAUUACAACGGAAAGUCUCCAUAAAAGAUUUGAAGACCUGUUAUCUCUGAGUUGCCCUAACAACAUUAAAACUGAAAUUUCUUUGGAAGAGAAAUUUUAUUUAUGGCUCAAGAAACUUGUUGAAAGUGAAAGUGACUUUACUAUGUUAGAUGUACAAGUGAUACAUCUUGCAGCUGCACUUGGUUAUAACGUAAUCAUACAAAACAUAAUUGGUGCAGCAAAUAUAGAUAUAAAUUUAGGCGGUAAGAAUGGGUGUACAGCUCUUCACUGGGCAGCAAAGUUUGGGAGAAUGCAUACAGUUGAGCUUCUCAUCUGUGAAGGUGCAGCUCCUGGAUUACCAUCUUUUCCUGGAGGCAACACACCGGCCGACUUAGCUUAUGCUGCUGGACACCGUAAAAUUGGUGAUUAUCUUAAAGAUAAGGAAAUUGGAAAACUGGCUCAGGGUUCUUCCUCUGGCGCUGCCAGUGACGGCUGUAACGGGUUACCUCUACCUUCAGAAGCUACAAAUACAAGUACCCUAAACAACAUUCAGGAAAAUGUUGAAUUUACAGAUACAAGCAACCAGAAUUUCUCUGAAUUAGCGCUGGGUGGGAUGCAAAUAGGAGAUGCAGGAUUCUUUGAUACUUAUCAUAGUAUAUCGUUUACAGGAGAUGGCAUGCAAGAUUAUUGUAAUGACUUUGAAAAUCAGCCUUUUCCCCACUCGACUGGGAAUGAUUUCCUCCCAAACCCGGGAACACCUGGUGGCCCUAUUGAAUUGUUGGAUUUGAUAAGUCCAUGGAGCCCUUCCUGAAAAAGGAUAUACUGCAAUGAGUAGAGGGAGUGAAAUUCCGGGACACUCUUCUAACCAAAUGAAGAAGAAAGCAGAGGUCGCGGUGGCAGCCCUGGAGCUUCAUUAUGAUGAGACUUUGACUCCUAAGUCUUAUUAUUUAAUAAUGAUUAUAAUGUCAUAUUAAAAAUAAAAAACUUCAUAUUAUAAUUUGGAACUGUUUUUAUUUUCUUUUUAUAAUUAUUGUUUGGGUGUAAAGUCUGAAUUAUAAACAAUGGUGUUAUGCUUCUUUUUUGUGCUGUUUAAAGUGGUUGAAAAAUGAUUUUUGACAAGUUUUUACC